CCCAGCACAGAACGGAGCCGUCUGAGUUCCAGCCGUGGGGACCUCAGCCUCUUCUCGCUCAGAAGUUUUGGGGAGAUGAAUUGGGUCGGGGGCUCGCGGACCAGGGUUCUGAUUAAGCAGGAAAAGAGAAAGCAAAAGGAAUAUUUUGAAAAGAAAAGGUUAAAAUCAAAAAUGAAAUUACUGGGAGUUUUAUCUCCUGUCAAAAAUUCCACUGUCAGUUUAGACCUUAUUAACCUAUAUAUGGUAAAUCAGAUAUCUUGCCGGAAGAAAACGCCUGAAACUGUGAGAAAACCAAUCCAUGUGAAUAUGAAUAGAGACAUAAAAAUGCCCCUAAGAAAACAUGAUUUAGAACUUCCAGUGUCGCCUCACCUUGUUCCAUCUAACCUCUGCAUUGAUGAUAUAGAAAACAAUAUACACUAUCAAAGACAAGGCAGCAGGGAAGAACUUGGCCCAGUUCAGCUCAGUAAUGUUAAUUAUUCUAAUUCCUUGGUUUCCCAAUUAAACAAAAAUCAAGAUGCUCUCAGUCCAUCAUAUAGAACAGCACAAUUUGGAACAUUAUUCGACAGAUUAAACAGUCCAGGAAAUAAGAAUUUCCUUACUGGAAGACCUGCUAUAGUUACAGGUGAAGAUUGUGGAAGCCUGAAUGAGAGGAGACAGUCAGACUUCAUUACUGAAAAACAGUCAGUACAACAUAUUUGGGAAGAAAAUAGAAAAGAGGUUUCAAAUUUUCUUGAAGAUGUGAACCAGCCAACUCCCAGCCUUUUGUCAGAGAAUCGUGACUCUUUUGUUAGUGAAAAUGUGAUCAAUUCAUUAAACAUAGAUCAACAGAGGAGAAAGAAAACCUUUGACAAGUGUGGUUAUGACAGUAUGGGAGAUAUUUGUGCAAUCACUAGUUCUGAUAAAAGGCAUUCCACUGAUACAUGCAUUAGAAGUACUUUUACAAAUCCAGAGUUGGCUUGUAGUAAUUCUACUUUUAAUAAAACAAGUUAUCCAGAAAAGUGUCUGCCAAACAAGAACUAUCAGAAAGAGUACAACAAUCAUGAAAGAAAUAAUCUUAGUGCAUCUUUUGAGAAGGAUAGUUACCCAGCCAGCUCUGAAAAAAAAGGAAAAUUUGAACGUGAUUACCAAGACAAGACACCACAGAAAAAAAUCCAGAAAUAUCCAGUGAACCAUAUGGUUAAUAACCCUUUGGAAGAAUUGCAUUCAAAGCAGUCGUGGAACUUUGGACUUGGUGAGAUUCUGAUGGAAGAAGGAGGAACGUGUUCUUUAAAAGGCAGGCCAACAUCUACUAAGAAAAUCUGUCAGUAUAACUAUCUUGAUUCUUCACAGAGUAGUCAGUCUGCCAGUUACUCUCCAAGGCCAACAGAUAGUUGUUUCAGUUCUAGUUCAGAGAUGAAUCCACCCCAAAACUACUGAAUCAGAAUCUCUGGGAGUGGGGCCCAGGAAUCCAUGCUUAAAUAGGUGAUGUAAUGCACUCUGAAGUUGGAGAAACAUUCUUCUUCCAGAAUUCUUCAGAAGGAUUAAGCUUCAGUUACUUACAAUGGUAACUUGCUUGAUAAUAAACCCUUUAUUAACUUCCUUCCUUUCCUGUUUCACUUCUCCAAUUCCAUGCCAGUGUUUCACCCCAAGCAAACUACGUGUGCUUGAAUCCUUGAGUUAUGGUUUGCUCCUGGGGAGAUCCGUAUUGACAGGUUAGAGACUGUGACAAAUGGAUAAAUAAAUAGUUUUUAUAGGUGUAGCUCAAAUGUUAACAGUGCUGAUUUUUUUUGUUUUACAAUUCUGUAGUCCCGGUUUUCCGUUUCUGCCACCUGCUGAACACCCAAUAAGUGGAUCUAGCAGCAUAUUAGACAUAAAUGAAGAAAGAAUUAGUGAAAUGAACUAUACAUCGGAAUAAAUUAUCCCGAACGCAGGAGAGAAAAAGAAGUAGAUAAUAUGAAAGAGAGUCGAAAAGGAGGAUAGAAUAAGAAGCUCCAACAUACUUUAAUUGAAAUAUCAACAGUAAAGGAGAGAAAAUGGGGUAGAGGCAUAAUUUGAAGAGAUAAUGGCUGAGAAUUUUCCAGAAUUGGUCAAUCAUAGUCAUCCACAAAUUCAAGAAGGCCAACAACUUCUAAGUAGGGUAAAUAAUAUGAAAUCCAUGUCUAGUAAAAUGUCCGAGCCUCAAAGACAAAGAGAAGAUCUAGCAGCUGGAGAGAAAAAAAGACCACCUUCCUAGAAGGACAGCUACACUGUUAAAUGACAUUUUAAUAGCAAUAACGGAAGCCAAAAGACAGUGUAAUAAUACCUUCCAAAUCCUGAUAGAAAGUAACUGUCACCGUAGAAUUGUGUUUCUAGGCCUAUAGCUCUAGCACCAUUUGAAAUCACCAAACUAGCCAGUACUAGUAUUAAGGAACCAUUUCUGCAAGAUUUGGUGAUUUAUAUUUAAGGUUUUUGUACAUAGAUAGUACUUUCUCUUUGGGGGAAAAGUUCCUGAUUUUUUCACUGUUUUGUCUUUAACCCAUAUGCUCAAUAAUUUUUCCAUUGCUUCUAUUGCAUCUGUUGUCUCUGAUGGUCUGCAGUGUAUAUUCCUUUAUGCCUGUUGCUGAGGAGAUAUCACAUGUUCUCUCAUUUCUUUCAAAAUGCUUUAUUAUUUCAAGCUUCUCUUUAAUACUUAAAGCUCUCCUUUUACGUGCACUGCUUGGUGGUUUUGAAUGAAGACAAAUAGACUUGUUUGGGAUGUUGAGAUAUAUAUGUGUAAUCUCCACAAAUGUGAGAGAAUAGCAAAACACAACUUUAAAAGAUAAUACACACAAGCAAUAGAGGUAACUGCUAGAUUUUUCAAUACGUGUGUGUUGGUUUUGUGUGUACCUAUGUGGUUUAGAUGGGUGCAGUUUUAUGCAUUCACCUAGUAUUUCUUGUGGAUACAAUUGCACAUCAGUCAGUUUGGAAUUCAUAUUAUGCUCAAAUUGUUCCCUCGUAUAUCAUGUGGGAACAAAUUUUCCUUCUCAAAACAAUUGUUAUAGCAAAACUCUCUGUAUUUUUCCUAUACUGUAAUGCCUUUUCAUUUUCUUAAUGGUAUCCUUUGAAGGGCAAAAGUUUUAAAUUUUGAUGAAAUUUAUUUUAUCUUUUUUUAAAAAUUAAGAUUUU